AUGGUCCGCACAAUGCUGCCACACCGCACCAAGUUUGUGCCUCAGUUCACGCCUCAUGGCUUCCAGCUCAUCCCUGAGAGCCUCUUUUCGCCGGUGGCCGAGCGUGUGCCAGGCUUUGGCGCCGACGGCAGCGGCUUGGGGGCUGGCGAGCACGAUGCUGCGGCAGCGGGCGGCGAGGAGGCCGCCACUUCGGCGCGGCUGCGACGCCCCGCGACGCCCGAGCCCGCGCCGGCCGUCAGGGCAGCGCCAGCGACCACGGACGGCGCGAGGCGGCGGCGGCAGCUCAAGCUGAAGCGGCUGAAGCUGGUCAGGCGGCGCACACAGGCGCAGGUCGCGGAGUGA